AUGACCCCAUCGACACAUGCCAGGGCCACGGCACGCCACGUCAGCGGCAUCGUGGCGGCCCAGGCGAACGAGCUCGGAUUACGGGCGCGGCGCCCGACGCGACGCUCGGCGUCUACAAGACGAGCGGGUGCGCUGGCUUCGCGACGAGCGAGCUUCUCGUGGCCGGCAUCUACCCGCGCCCACGACGAGGGGGCCGAUGUCGUUUCUCUGUCGGCCGGUGACGACUCUGGAUUCUCGAGCGACGCUGCUGCCGACGCCGUGUCUCGUCUCGCCGCCGCCGGCGUGCCCGUCACCGUGGCCACCGGCAACUCGGGCGGUCUCGGCCUGUGGAACGCGGCGUCUCCGGCCUCGGGCAGGGAGGUCGCCGCCAUCGGCUCCGUCGACAACACCAAGCUGCCGACCAUCAUGACGAGGGGCGAAUUCACCAACGGCACCGGCUCCCACGGCUUCGGCUGGUUAGAGGGGAACCCCAUCCUCCAGACCAACACGACGGUGCGUCUCUGGGCGCCCGCCGCCAACGCCAGCGACCUGACGACGUACGCCUGCACCUCUGUGCCCGCCGACUUGCCUGAUCUCAAUGGCGUCGCCAUUCUACUCCCCUUUACCGUCAACUGCAACUCGGAUAACCAGGCCGCCAACUUGGUCACCAAGGGCGGCAAGCACAUCAUCUACUACCCCGAGAGCGAUGCCCGCGUGGCGGCCACCUAUGUGUACACCAAAGGCAUCGAGGGCGUCUUCGUCGUGUCCCCUGCCCAGGCUGCCGCGUGGCUCAAGGCCUUGAGGGCUGGUCAGCAGAUCGACGUGACCAUGACCCCCGUCGAGUCGGCGCGCAUCUGGGCCGAGGACCUCAGCAACGGGCCCGGCGCCGGCCUGACGAGCGGCUUCACCAGCUGGGGUCCCUCGUGGGAGAUGGUGGUGAAGCCGCAGUUCACGACGCCCGGCGGCGGCAUCCUGUCGACGUGGACCUGGGGCGAGGGCGACUACGCCGUGAACCCGGGCACGUCCAUGUCGGCGCCGCUCGCGGCCGCCAUCUACGGUCUCGUCGGCCAGGCGCGCAAGACGCUCAACGCGCAGGCCCUGCGCAACGUGCUGUCCAGCACGGCCAAGCCGCUGCCCUGGUUCGACGGCAAGACGACGCACGACGACGUGCUCGCGCCCGUGCCCCAGCAGGGUGCCGGCCUGGUCCAGGCCUACGACGCCGCCCACGCCACGACCCUCGUCGACACCAGCAGCUUCUCCUUCAACGACACGGAUAACUUUACGCCCAAGCGCACCUUCACCCUCGAGAACACGGCCGCCGAGGCCGUCACCUACACGUUCGGCCACGCCAAGGCCGCCACCGCCUACAGCUUCUCCGCCGACGACAUGCUCACCAUCGCCCGCUUCCCGCCGCCGACCGCCGACGCCUGGGCCUCGAUCGCCUUUGAGAGCGAUACCGUGACCGUCCCCGCCGGUGCCUCGGCCAAGGUCACCUUCACGCUGACGCCUCCCGCCGGACUCGACGCCGGCCGCCUCCCCGUCUACAGCGGCUACAUCACCAUCACGCCCUCGUCCCCAGGCGCCGCCCGUCUGACGCUGCCGUACGUCGGCCUCGCCGGCAGCCUCCACGACUUCCCCCCGUUCCACAACCAGAGGGUCGCCCACACGGGCGUCUACCUCUCCUCGACCGAGACGCACUUCCUGAUCCCCGUCGCCGCGAACCGCACCUUCACCAUCCCCCGCCCCGGCAGCACCUGGGCCCCCUCGGUGCUGCCCAAGAUGGUCGCCAUCCCCACGAUCGGCACCCCAGAGCUGCACGUCGACCUCGUGCCCCUCCACAACGGCAGCGACAGCGGCAGCGACAGCGGCAACGCCACGACCAAGCCUUGGCUCGGCUACACCAUAGUCGGCAGCCUGCCGCGGACGCCCCUCUACUAUGCCCCGACGAUCGGGUACACGCACAACUUUGACGGCCGCCUCGCCGACGGCACCGUCGCGCCCGAGGGCGCGUACAAGUUUGUCGCCAGCGCGCUGCGCAUCCACGGCGACCGCGACAACAAGGAUGACUGGGUCGUCGUCGAGAGCGUGCCGUUUGUGCUGAAAUAUCUCAGCCAAAAGUGCAAGCGCCGUCUGCUCGAGGCGGCGGCGUAG